GUGACAUUUAGGGAUGUGGCUGUUGACUUCUCUCAGGAGGAGUGGGCCUGCCUGGAUGCUACUCAGAAGGUCUUAUACAGGGACAUAAUGUUGGAGACCUACAGCAACCUGGUCGCAGUGGUGGGAAGUUGCAUUUCCAAGCCAGCUCUGAUCAUCUUACUAGAGCAGGAGAAAGAGCCCUGGACGGCUGUGAAGGAAGGAACAGACAGGCCGAGCCCAGAUUUGGAGGCAGAUUAUGAUGCUGAAAAUAUAUUCCCCCCAAAUCAUAUUAAUAAUAGAAAAUUUUCCAAACACAGCAUAAAGCAAUUAAGUAGAACUUUUGACUUCAAGGGUUCCUGGUUUAGUAAUGGCCCCAACUAUAGUACAGUCCAGGGACUACAGGAUUCUCAAAGUGAUGCUGGUCAACAGAUUACUAAUAAGGAAGGAAUGCCUCCUUAUACCUGCCAGACUCUUGCUCACAAUCCAGAAAAGGCAUAUGAGUGUAAAGAGUGUGGGAAGUGCUUCGGUUGUAGUUCAACUCUCACUCAGCAUCAGAGUAUCCACACUGGAGAGAAGCCCUAUGAGUGUAAGGAGUGUGGGAAGGCCUUCAGACUCCCCCAACAGCUCACAAGACAUCAGAAGUCUCACAGCGGUGAGAAACCUUUCAAUCAAAAUGAAGGCGGACAGACUUUUCAACAUCCCAACCUGCUCAAGUACCAUAAAACCAUUCAUACAGGUACAAAACCAUUUGAAUGCAGGGAAUGUGGGAAGUCCUUCAACCGUGUCUCCAGCCUUGUUGAACAUGGGCUUAUUCAUGCUGAUGUGAAACCAUAUGAAUGUAAUGAGUGUGGGAAAGCCUUUAAACGACACAGAAGUUUUGUGCGCCAUCAGAAAAUCCAUUCUGGUGAGAGACCUUUUCAGUGUAAGGAUUGUGGGAAGGGCUUCAUUGUUCUUGCUCACCUCACUCGGCACCAGAGCAGUCAUAGUGAAGAGAAGCCAUUUGAAUGUGAGGAAUGUGGCAAGAAAUUCAGAACUGCCAGACACCUUGUUAAGCACCAGCGCAUUCAUAGCGGCGAGAAACCCUUCGAAUGUAACAUAUGUGGGAGUGCUUUCCGGCUCCAACUAUACCUUUCUGAGCAUCAGAAAACUCACAUGGAAGAGAAAUACUUGGAAUGCAAUGUGUGUGGCAAGGCUUUUCGGCUUCAGGUAUACCUUUCUGAGCAUCUGAAAACUCACACUGAAGAGAAUCCUUUCAAAUGUAAGCUCUGUGGUUCAGCCUUCCCAAAUAAAUACCAACUUAAUAAACAUCUCACAAUUCAUACUGAUGGGAAGCCCUAUCAGUGCAAGGAAUGUGGGAAAUGCUUUCGUCAAAGGUCCAAAUUAACUGAACAUGAGAGCAUUCACACUGGGAAGAAACCCUUCCAGUGUGAAGAAUGUGGGAAGUUCUUUAGACUUAAUACACUUCUUAUUCAUCAUCAGAAGUCUCACAGUGGUGAGAAACCUUUUGAAUGUAAAGAAUGUGGAAAGGCUUUCCUUCUUCCCAGUCAACUUAAUAGCCAUAAAAUUGUUCAUACAAGUAAAAGACCCUUUGAAUGCAAAGUAUGUGGGAAAUCCUUCAAGCGUGAAUCCAAUCUCAUUCAACAUGGCGCUGUUCAUGCUGGUGUGAAAUCAUAUGAAUGCAGUGAGUGUGGGAAAGCUUUUAUUCACCGCUCAAGCCUGUUCCAUCAUCGGAAAAUUCAUUCUGAUGAGAAACCUUUUAAGUGUCAGGAGUGUGGAAAGGCCUUCGUUGUUCUGGCGUACCUCAUUCAGCAUCAGAGCAUUCAUUCUAGAGAGAAACCAUUCGAAUGUGAGCUGUGUGGGUCAGCUUUCAGAUGUAAGUCCCAACUCAAUAAACAUCUGAGAAUUCAUACUGAUGUGAAACUCUUUCAGUGUGUGGAAGAUUGAACAGACAUUGUUCAUAGAACAGAACUUAACGAGUCCAUACUGGUGAGAAGUCCAUUCAGUGUAAUGAAUAUGGGGAAGCUUUUUAAUAUCUUUACAAAAUUCUUAGGCAUAUUAGAAUUCAUACUGGCAAGAAUCAUCAUGAAUAUAAAGAAUGUGGGAAGUACUUUAUGUAUGGUAGACACCUCAAAGUAUAUCAAAGAAUUCACACUGUAAGAAACAUUACCACUGUUAAGAAUGUAGGAAGACCUUUAGUUGAAUAUGAAACUUGUUUUGACAUUCUAAAUAUAAUAUUAAUAAGUCUUAUGAUGUAAUAUGGAAAGCCCUUCAGUAAUUCUAAGCUCCCUGUAUAUCAGAGAAGUUCUACUGGUGAGAAAACCUAUGAAUAAAAGUAAGGUGGGAAAAUGUUUAGACUUAGUUCAGCCUUCAUGCAUAGUAGGACACCCUAUCAGUAUGAAGAAUGUGGAAAGACCUUCACAUGGAGCUGGGGCCUUCUUCAACAUAAAAAAAAAAAAAUGCUUGCUUGUGUCAAACACUAUGAAUGCAAGGAACGUGGGAAUAUUUACAGAAUUAGCUUAGCUCUUAAAGCUCAUCAGAGAGUCCAUAUAAGUCUGGAGACGCUGUGACUCAAGACUCGUUAAAAAAGCUUUUAUUGUAAAUGGUGAGCUUACACAGCAUCAGAAAAUCCAUAAUCACCAGGAGUCAGGUGCAUGUGAAGGAGGAGGACAAGCCAUUGUAUGAAAAUCUUCCUGAAAGUCAGAGAACUCAUUAGGAAGACUGUGACUUAAAAUGAGUACUAUAAUCUGCCCUGGGAUUUGGUGAACAUCAGAGUAUUCACACUGUUGGGAAGUAGGUUCAGAGAAGAUACUCUGUUGGAAAUGUCUCAUCCUCAGAAAUCUAGGAAGUCUCCUGACAACUUUUCCCAGCAUUCUGACAGUUCGGAUUGACUGAGUUUGUAGAACCUGUCCCAGGAUGCUGCCAAACGCGACUGGGAAAAGAGUUCUAUCCUCCCUACAGGGUCAGUACACAGAACACUGGUAGUUAAACUGCGAGGGGCCCUAAACGAAGAACCUGACUCUGCCAUUGUUCCAAUGGCAGCAGCAACAAAGCCCUGGUGGCUCUAAUGUCUAGGAGAAAAGGCUGGAUGCCUGCAACUCAGAGUCCUUUCCUUUAAGGAUUGGAGCUAGGUGUGGUGACUUGCCUAUAAUUCCAGAAUAUGAGAGGCUGAGGAAAGAGAAUUACCAGGCAUUUAAGGCAAGCCCAGGUUUCAUGUAAUGAAUUCCAGGGUAUCUUGGAAAAGAAAAGCAAAAUAAAAACACAAGCCUAAAGGCUCAGGGAUCUACAGACAAGAGAAG